AUGGAGGCCUUCUUCGACUCCUGGCUCGCCCGCCUCGACCACCUCCGCUCCGACCUCCUCCAUGCCUUCACCCACCGGCCCGACAGGAUACCCCAGGCCGUCGACGCCGUGCUCUCUCACUACCGCGACUACCGCGACGCCAAGGCCCGACUCGCCGACUCCGACGUCCUCCGCGCCCUCACCCACCCCUGGCUCACCCCCUUCGAGCGCAUCUUCCUCUGGGUCGCCGGCUGGAAGCCCUCCAUCGCCUUCCGCCUCCUGCUCGGACACCGCUUCCUCUCCCCGGACCAGCACGCCGCCUUCGAGGUCCUCCGCCGGGAGGUCCAGCUGGAGGAGCACCGGAUCUCCGAGGACAUGGCCAGCGCGCAGGAAGCCAUGGCCGGCCACUUGGUGCUCGAGGCUGUGAGAGCCGACCUGUACGCCAACGGGAGCGCCUGGGCGGCGGCCGCUGACGAAGUGUCUCGGGCGCUGCGGACGGUAAUCGACGCCGCAGAGGAGCUGCGGGAAGCCACCCUGCGCUGGCUGGUGGAGACCCUGACGGCGGCACAGAUGGCGGAGUUUCUCGCCGCCGCAGUAGAACUAAGGAUCCGCGUGCGGCGAUGGGGCUUGCGACGCAACGGCGGCCAGUCCAACUGA